CCCUUCCCCUCUGCCCCUCCAAACCCUCCUCUCGGGUUCGGCGCUCCUCCCUCCCUCUCCCUCCGCCCUCCCUCCUCCGGGUCGGCCUCUUCCCUCCUCCUCCUCCACCCCCCACCCCUCCGUAGGCAUCUCUUCGUCCCGAUCCAGAGGACGACGCGAGCCCCUCGCCGGCGGUCAUCAGAGCCCAGCGCCAGGGCUGCCCCGCGCCGCGCCCCGGUGCGCCCUCGGUCCUCGUGUCCGCCGAGCGCCGCGGGGAUGGGACCCGUCGGACCGGUCCCCGCGCCCCGGCCUCGUCACCUGCUGUGCGGCAUCUUGCUCCUCGGGGGACUGCAUCUCCUCCACCCCGGGGACGCCGCCGCCGCCACCGCCACCACCGCCUUCCAGGAACCUGAUGUCUUCCUCAUCUUCAGCCAUGGACUGCAGGGCUGCCUGGAGGCCCCGGGUGCGCAGGUCCGAGUCACUCCAUUCUGCAAUGCCAGUCUCCCGGCCCAACGCUGGAAGUGGGUUUCCCGGAACCGGCUCUUCAAUCUGGGUACCAUGCAGUGUCUGGGCACAGGCUGGCCGGGUACCAAUAGCACUGCCUCGCUAGGCAUGUAUGAAUGUGACCGGGAGGCCCUGAGUCUUCGCUGGCACUGCCGUACACUGGGGGACCAGCUGUCCCUGCUUCUGGGGGCCCGCGCCGGAAACUCAUCCAAGCUUGGUGGCCUUGAGCGUGGUGACCAGACCCGUGGCGGCCAGUGGCGCAUCUAUGGCAGCGAAGAGGACCUUUGUUCUCGGCCAUACUAUGAGGUCUACACCAUCCAGGGGAACUCCCACGGGAAGCCAUGCACCCUCCCCUUCAAGUAUGACAACCAGUGGUUCCACGGCUGCACCAGCACGGGCCGAGAGGACGGGCACCUGUGGUGCGCCACCACGCAGGACUACGGCAAGGACGAGCGCUGGGGCUUCUGCCCCGUCAAGAGUAAUGACUGUGAGACCUUCUGGGACAAGGACCAGAUGACUGAGAGCUGCUACCAGUUCAACUUCCAGUCCACGCUGUCGUGGAGGGAGGCCUGGGCCAGCUGCGAGCAACAGGGGGCCGAUCUCCUGAGCAUCACCGAGGUCUACGAGCAGACCUACAUCAAUGGACUCCUCACGGGCUAUAGCUCCACACUGUGGAUUGGCCUUAAUGACCUGGACACCAGUGGAGGCUGGCAGUGGUCAGACAACUCGCCCCUCAAGUACCUCAACUGGGAGAGCGAUCAGCCGGACAACCCAAGUGAGGAGAACUGUGGAGUGAUUCGCACCGAGUCCUCGGGUGGCUGGCAGAACCGCGACUGCAGCAUGGCGCUGCCUUAUGUGUGCAAGAAGAAGCCCAAUGCCACGGCUGAGUCCCCCCAGCCAGACAGGUGGGCCAACGUGAAGGUGGAAUGUGAGCCCAGCUGGCAGCCUUUCCAGGGCCACUGCUACCGCCUGCAGGCGGAGAAGCGCAGCUGGCAGGAGUCCAACAAGGCGUGUCUGCGGAGCGGCGGCGACCUUCUCAGCAUCCACAGCCUGGCCGAGCUGGAGUUCAUCACCAAGCAGAUCAAGCAAGAGGUGGAGGAGCUGUGGAUCGGUCUCAACGAUCUGAAGCUGCAGAUGAAUUUUGAGUGGUCCGAUGGGAGUUUCGUGAGCUUCACCCACUGGCAUCCCUUUGAACCCAACAACUUCCGUGACAGUCUGGAGGACUGUGUCACCAUCUGGGGGCCGGAAGGUCGCUGGAAUGACAGUCCUUGUAACCAGUCCUUGCCGUCCAUCUGCAAGAAGGCCGGUCAGCUGAGCAUGGGGACUGCCGAGGACGAUCAUGGCUGUCGAAAGGGCUGGACAUGGCACAGUCCAUCCUGCUACUGGCUGGGAGAGGACCAAGUGACUUACGGUGAUGCCCGGCGCCUGUGUACUGACUACGGCUCUCAGCUGGUCACCAUCACCAACAGGUUCGAGCAGGCCUUUGUCAGCAGUCUCAUCUACAACUGGGACGGCGAGUUCUUCUGGACGGCUCUGCAGGACCUCAACAGCAGCGGCUCCUUCCGCUGGCUCAGUGGGGACGAAGUCACGUACACCCAUUGGAACCGGGACCAGCCUGGGUUCAGCCACGGGGGCUGCGUGGCUCUGGCCACAGGCAGUGCCAUGGGGCUGUGGGAGGUAAAGAACUGUACCUCAUUCCGGGCUCGCUACAUCUGCCGGCAGAGCCUGGGCACACCGGUGACGCCAGAGCUGCCUGGGCCAGAUCCCACACCCAGCCUCACUGGGUCCUGUCCCCAAGGCUGGGUCUCAGAUCCCAAACUCCGGUACUGCUAUAAGGUGUUCAGCUCCGAGCGGCUCCAGGAGAAGAAGAGCUGGAUCCAGGCCCAGGGCGCCUGCCGGGAGUUGGGGGCCCAGCUGCUGAGCCUGGCCAGCUAUGAGGAAGAGCACUUUGUGGUCAACAUGCUUAACAAGAUCUUUGGAGAAUCAGAAUCUGAGAUCCACGAGCAGCACUGGUUUUGGAUCGGCCUCAACCGCCGGGACCCCAGAGAGGGUCCAAGCUGGCGCUGGAGCGAUGGCUUAGGGUUCUCCUACCACAAUUUUGACCGAAGCCGGCAUGAUGACGACGCCGUCCGAAGCUGUGCGGUGCUGGACCUGGUCUCCCUGCAGUGGGUGGCCGUGCAGUGUGAGGCCCAGCUCGACUGGGUCUGCAAGAUCCCUCGAGGUUCACAAGUCCGUGAACCCGACACCAGCCCUCAAGGCCGGCGGGAGUGGCUGCGCUUCCAGGAGGCGGAGUACAAGUUCUUUGAGCACCAGUCCACCUGGGCCCAGGCACAGCGCAUCUGCACGUGGUUCCAGGCUGAGCUCACCUCCGUGCACAGCCAGGAGGAGCUGGACUUCCUGGGCCAAAGCCUGCAGAAGCUGUCCCCCGGCCAGGAGCAGCACUGGUGGAUCGGCCUGCACACCACUGAGAGCGACGGGCGCUUCAGGUGGACAGAUGGCUCCGUCGUAAACUUCGUCUCCUGGGCACCUGGCAAACCUCGCCCCGUUGGCAAGGACAAGAAGUGUGUGUACAUGACAGCCAGACAAGAGGACUGGGGGGACCAGAAGUGCUUGACAGCCUUGCCCUACAUCUGCAAGCGUAGCAACAACUCCAGAGAGACGCAUUCCCCCGACCUGCCACCUGUAGCCCUGGGUGGCUGCCCUCCUGGCUGGAGCCAGUUCCUCAACAAGUGUUUCCGAAUCCAGGGCCAGGACCCCCAGGACCGGGUGAAGUGGUCCGAGGCACAGUUCUCCUGUGAACAGAAAGAGGCCCAGCUGGUCACCAUUUCAAAUCCCUUAGAGCAAGCGUUCAUCACAGCCAGCCUCCCCAAUGUGACCUUUGACCUUUGGAUUGGCCUCUACGCCUCACAGAAGAACUUCCGGUGGGUGGAGGAGGGACCUGUGCUGUAUGCCAAUUGGGCACCAGGAGAGCCCUCUGGGCCCAGCCCUGCUCUCAGCGGCACCAAGCCGACCAGCUGUGCCGUGGCCCUGCACAGCCCCUCGGCCCAGUUCACUGGCCGCUGGGAUGAUCGCAGCUGCACGGAGGAGACGCACGGCUUCAUCUGUCAGAAGGGGACAGACCCCUCCCUGAGCCCAUCCCCAGCAGCGUCACCCCCCGCCCCCGGCACUGAGCUCUCCUACCUCAACCGCACCUUCCGGCUGCUGCAGAAGCCACUGCGCUGGCACGAUGCCCUCCUGCUGUGUGAGAGCCGCAAUGCCAGCCUGGCUCGCGUGCCUGACCCCUACACCCAGGCCUUCCUCACCCAGGCUGCCCGGGGGCUGCGCACGCCGCUCUGGAUCGGGCUGGCCAGCGAGGAGGGUUCCCGGCGCUAUUCCUGGGUGUCCGAGGAGCCGCUGGAUUACGUGAGCUGGCAAGAUGGGGAGCCCCAGCACUCGGGGGGCUGCGCCUACGUGGACGUGGAUGGGGUCUGGCGGACCACCAGCUGCGACACCAAGCUGCAGGGGGCCGUGUGUGGGGUUGGCGGAGGGCCCCCUCCUCCCCGGAGGAUAAGCUACCGCGGCAGCUGCCCGCAGGGCCUGGCCGACUCGGCCUGGAUUCCCUUCCGAGAGCACUGCUAUUCCUUCCACAUGGAGCUGCUACUGGGCCACAAGGAGGCGCUGCAGCGCUGCCAGAGAGCCGGUGGGACAGUCCUGUCCAUUCUUGAUGAGAUGGAGAACGUUUUUGUCUGGGAGCACCUGCAAAGCGCUGAAGGCCAGAGUAGGGGUGCCUGGCUGGGCAUGAACUUCAACCCUAAAGGAGGCAUGCUGGUCUGGCAAGACAACACAGCUGUGAACUACUCCAAUUGGGGGCCCCCCGGCCUGGGCCCCAGCAUGCUGAGCCACAAUAGCUGCUACUGGAUCCAGAGCACCAGUGGGCUGUGGCGGCCGGGUGCCUGCAGCAACGUCACCAUGGGCGUUGUCUGCAAGCUCCCUCGAGUGGAAGAGAACAACUUCUCCCCAUCAGCGGCGCUCCCCGAGAGCCCGGCGGGCCUGGCGCUGGUGCUUUCGGCGGUGCUGCUGCUGCUGGCCCUGCUGACCGCGGCCGCCGUCCUGUACCGGCGGCGCCAGGGCGCGGAGCGCGGGGCCUUCGAGGGCGCCCGCUACAGCCGCAGCAGCUCGGGCCCAGAUGAGGCCACCGAGAAGAACAUUCUGGUGUCGGACAUGGAAAUGAACGAGCAGCAAGAAUAGAGCCACGGGUGCGGCCGGCGGGCUGGGCGGGGGCUGCGGGGGCCCGGCCCUCUUCCGCGUCCAGCCGGCCUGCGGACGGGGACCUUAGGGAGCCGGGCCUGGGUGGGGCCUGGGUCUCCGGCGGGGGCUCCACCUUCCCGCAGGCGCGCUGGGGCCCAGAACUGGCGGAGCGGAGCGUGGUGGGGUGAUGUCUCCGCUGGGGAUGCUAAGAUCUUGUCGCCUGGGCCUUAGACCCUCAUGGUAACCAGCGGCAGGAUGGGAGGGUGGACGAGAGCUUUCUGCCGUUCUCCCCAGAGCCCCUAACCCAGGCCUGCUGACCCACAGCCUAGGACCCCCUUCCUGUUUGCAGACCUGGGGAGCCCGCUCCGGCCCCCCUGUGGCCUCUCUCCUCCCGCCUGGCUGCCUCAGCUCUGAGCGCCUUCCGUGCCCCCUCCCCUCCUCUCACCCAGCCCCUCUGAGCCGGGCACUGGGGCUCGGGAGCCCUCUUGCUCCUGGCAGGAGGUCCCUCGAGGGGGCAGAGUACCCAUCCCUCUUGUGUCUGCUGCAGUGACCCUGGGUGUGACAGAAGGGGUCCUGGAUAGUUCAGGCCUGAGAACCAGGGUGUCAGCGUGGUGGCUGCUGAGGUGAAGACUGGACUGGGAAGAGACACCCCAUCCUCCCAAGGGGGUGUCACCUGCCGGUCGGGGGAGGGCUCUGUCUCUGAAAGAGUCCCCUAUGGGGACCAAAGUAAGUUCCCCAAUGUCUUCAGCUCCACGCUGUGGUUUGGAGAAAGCAAGGGGGGGAGGGGGUCGCAGGGUGCCAGGGGCCUGGAGAAGCAGUAGUCUGGGAUGGCUGGUGUCAGGUGCCACACCCUCUAGUGGGGCCCCACGGCUCAGCUUCCCGGCCCUAGAGCCACCCAACACCUUUCCGCGAGAUGGAGCCCAGCCAGCAUGUGGUGUGCCUUUCCCCGUGCCCCAGCGCAGGACAGCGUUAACCCAGAUUCGAAAACAUGGCCCAUAUAGCUAUUGAGUUUUAAAUGUGCCACUUCUGUCGAAAAAGAAAAAAAGGAGCAAACGAAUAAAACACCUUCCAGAGGCUUCAGAGAUUGGCAUUCCCGCCUUAUCCUGCCAUGAGCCUGGUCCUUACGUCCCUUUAGAAAUAAAUGUCAUUUUCAGA